UGUUGCACAAUGGUGAGAUCAGCAAAGCAAACAUGGUUAAAGCUGUUUGUGUUUGACCAGGCAAAAUCAACACACAGACAGAGUCAUGACAUAGUUAACCGAUGGUGUUAUGAUGAAGUCUCUGCACAGGUCAUGCUCUGUUUUCUGUUUACUACACACUUCACACUACACACUACACACUGCACACACAUGAAACGAGUCGUGGGAUAACUCAGAGUCUGGAUAACAAGGAAAAGAGAAAAACGCCUGUGAUCUCUUGUCCCUCUGCAGCUGUCUGGUGUCUUGCAGUGGGAGGAAGUAUAGCUUUACUUACGUGGAGCUAUGUCCUCCUACUGCUUCCCCAUUGUCCACACCAUCCACAUAGAUGCAGGAGAUGCAGGAGGCCAGCGGGGAGGACCCACAUGCUGCGGCCGCUGCUUACAGGUGUGAUCCUUCAGCAUGACGACUGCACGGUUCUUCUUUGGGGCUUCCCUCUGGGCUCUGCUGGUUGUGGACAUGUGCUGUGGUCCUGUCCAGAGAGGCUUUAAUCCCGGUGCGUCCAGUUCUGUGUAUCCAAGAUCAGGCGCUAGUCAGGGAAUGCCUUCCAGCCAGUAUUCACCUGGAGUCAUGCCUGAGGGCCAGAGCCAGAGAGCGAAGGAGGAUCCUGCAGGCCCAGCAAAGUCAGGAGCUGGAUUUCAAUCUGGCUCAGAAGAGAGCAAGUGGCUCUUUGCACCUCCGAUCGUCGACUAUGAGGAAACCUCUCCACCGCUGUACCAGGCAGGGGAGCUGUCCCAAUUCGAAAGGUCCAUUGAUGCUGGCGAUUAUGACUACGAGACUGUGGAAGAAGGCCCCCUGCCGCCACCUUAUUAUGGACCAGAGUAUGAUCACACGCCUCUGGAUGAAAAUCUUGAAGGCUACACCAGCCCACCUCUCCCAGAUGGACGCUGGAUUGCUUAUCCUUACUACGACUACAGGUUCCUGACUGGCCAAUAUCCAACAGGCACAGUCAGUUACUUCAGCGGCAGUUCAGACCAAGGAUCCGACAACUACGAAGAGGUUCACUAUGUGAGAGACUUCCCUGCUCCACCACAGCCAAUCAACUCUCCCAUGGCUAAAACUCCUGAGGUUCCAAAGCAACCCUUUUAUUCAGGUAGACCAGCCAAGCAACCAAUUCGCCAGGCAGGUGGUUAUGGGAGCCAAUCUAGCGCAGUCAAGCAUGUCUAAGAGGUGGAUCCCUCAGAAGGAUGUUUCAAAAUUCAAUAA